AUUUUCAAUAUAAUUUUCCUAGGAAAAAAAAAAAAAGAUUUCUUUCUCUUUUCAAGAAAUGGCCAUGGCUAGAGAAGGUGAAAUUCUGGCAAUUUUAGUGCUAUUUCCUAUGCUUCUGCUGCUUCAUUCCAAGACCACUCAAGCAGAUACCUUCAUUGUUGGAGAUGAUCUGGGUUGGACUGCAAACGCUAGCGUGGGAACUUGGCCUCAAGGAAAGACGUUUUUUACUAGUGACAUACUUGUGUUCAACUAUGAUUACCAAUUGUAUAAUGUGGUCAUGACGGAUCAAGUAGGGUAUAAUUCAUGCACAAUUACUACGAAUUCUCAAGUGUUUGAAUCCGGACAUGAUCGAAUUCAUCUUGUUUUCGGAGAAAAUUACUUCAUGACUGGCAAUCCUAAAGAUUGUCAACUUGGUAUGAAAAUGGCGGUCACGGCAGAAAAUUAACCGCUGCUGCCACUACUACAGUGACAAUGGCAGAAGAUUAAUCGAAAACCAUAUAUGAAUCUUGUGGGUGCUUGACAUUAGCAAAGUGAAUGUAGCCUAAGUAACACGUAAAUAAAAGAGUGUUUUGGGGUUUUCAGAAAAUAAAAAUGCAUUCAUAUGGAUCUAAAUUACAGAAUUCUUCUUGUGUUCUUCAUGCAUUCUCCUGGCUAAUAAAUUAAACUUCGUUCUUUAAUUUCCUAUGAAAGAAAAAAUAAAUAAAUAAAGUAUCGAAGAGGGUGAGAAAAAAUGUCUCCAUUCAAUAUGUAUAAUAUAUAUAAUUGACUAAGAAAGUUAGCAUGCAGGAUAUUUUUUAUGUCAACUUAGAGAGUCUAGAGGACAUGAACCACCCUCAAAAGAGAGAUGAUAGUGGAAUGAGGAAGUACAAAAAGCAGUGAAGAGAAAGAGAGAAUGGUAUAAAAAAUUACCUAAGUGUGAUAAUAAUAAGGCGUAUGAACAGUACAAGAUAGCAAAAAAAGAGGCAAAAAAGGCAAUUAGUCAUGCAAGAGCGCAGGUGUUUGAAAAGAUAUAUGAGAAACUUGAAACUAAAGAAGAUGAGAAAGAUAUUUAUAGAUUAGCAAGGAGGAGAGAAAAGAAAUGUCAAGAUCUCAAUCAAGUUUGGUGCAUUAAGGAUAAAGGAGGAAAAGUAUUGGUGAGAGAUGAAGACAUUAAAGAAAGAUGAAAAAAUUAUUUUUAUGAUUUCUUUAAUAAUAGUCAAAGUGGUAAUAGCGUGAAUAUAGACUACAAAGCAAUAGAAAAGAAUAUAAAUUAUAAUAGAAGGAUUAGAUCUUCAGAAGUAAAGGAAGCACUUAAGAGAAUAAAAGUGGGUAAAGCUUGUAGACCCGAUAGAAUACCAAUUGAAGUAUGAGAGUGUUUGGGAGAUAUGGGAGUGGCAUGAUUAACUAAAUUAUUUAAUAAGAUUCUAAACUCAAAGAAAAUGCCUGAUGAAUGGAGGAUGAAUAUUUUAGUACCUAUUUUUAAAAGUAAGGAAGAAAUAUAGAGUUGAUUAAUCUAUAGGAGAAUUAAACUCAUGAGCCAUACUAUGAAGCUGUGGGAGAGAGUUGUGGAACAUCGACUAUGUAUUGACACUUCUAUCUCUCUCAAUCAAUUUGGCUUCAUGUCCGAUCGUUCAACUAUGAAAGCGAUCUUUCUCAUUAGAAGCUUGAUGGAGAAAUAUAGAGAUGUGAAGAAAGAUUUACCUAUGGUUUUUAUCGAUUUGGAGAAGAUGAUACACUUGAAUUGUAUAGAUGUUUUUAAGCAUCUUUACGUUCUAUUUUAUAGCAUUUAGGCAGGUAUUUUCAUACAUAAUAGUUGAUUUUAUUAGUUUUCGUAAUUUCUAUUGUAAAACCCUUAACUCCA